UUUGGAGGACUGGCCGCUGUUGCUGUGGCGGAGCUGAAGCGUGUUGCCUGUCAGAUCAAGCAGAGGCUCUAACGGACGUGUGGUGACUGCGGUGGCAGAGCGGGUGCCCGAUGGGCGGUGGAUCGGUGUGGGUGAGGCAGCUAAGGAUGGUUCUGAGGAGGCUCAUCAAGUGCUCUCUCCGGGAUUACGGUUUCUGCCUGGCUUCGUUGCUGUUGUUGAGUUUAGCCUCGCUGUGUUACCAGCUGAACGGUGGGGCUCCGGCCCUGCUGCUGGAACUCCGCAAGUUUCUGGGAAAUUCGUCUUUUCUGGAUGGGUAUCAUCAUGAACCCACUAAGGUUCUGCCAUUCCCCAGCCAGCUGGUUUACAACAGAGUUGGAAAAUGUGGAAGCCGAACUGUCGUGCAGCUAUUGAGAGUAUUGACGGAGAGAAAUCAUUUCAAUCUUAUUAAUUCAGACAUUCACAAUAAAACCAGAUUAAAUAGGAUUGAGCAGAUGGAAUUAAUAAAUAAUAUCAGUCUAGCUGACCAACCUUAUUUGUACACGCGACAUGUCCAUUUCCUUAACUUCACAAGGUUUGGAUUGGAGCAGCCAGUUUACAUCAAUAUAAUCAGGGAUCCAAUUAAUCGAUUUGUAUCAAACUACUUUUUCCGACGUUUUGGGGACUGGCGGUCUGAACAGAAUCAUCAAAUCCGAACACCAGGGAUGAAAGAUGAGGAGCGCUACCUUGAUAUCAGUGAUUGCAUAUUAGAAAAUUACCCAGAAUGCAACAAUCCCCGGGUGUUCUACAUUAUUCCAUACUUCUGUGGGCAGCAUCCCAAAUGCAGGGACCCAGGGGAGUGGGCUCUGCAGAGAGCUAAAGAGAACCUGAAUAGGAAUUACCUGCUUGUGGGAAUUCUAGAAGAAUUGGAAGAUGUGCUGCUUUUACUGGAACGACUUUUACCUCAUUACUUCAAAGAUGCUAGUGCUGUGUAUCAUAGUUCAGAGUAUAAAAAACUUGGAAAUGGGACGAACACUAUGAAGAAACAGGUUCCCUCCCCAGAAGCGCUAAAGGUGCUAUUUCAACGAAUGCGUUACGAAUACAACUUUUAUAACUAUGUCAAGGAUCAGUUCCAUUUAUUGAAACAGAAGUUUGGCUUGAAGACUCGGGCUAGUGCUCCAAAUAAAAAGUAUGAGAUUGCAUCUCAGGUAGAAAGUCCUGGGCCCAGCCAUGAUGAUGAUGACAAUGCAUGGUUGCAAGAUAUUUAUCGAUGAUAACAGCGAGCCACAU